AUGUUUCUGAAAAUCUUGCCACGAAUCAGAAGACCAACUAGAAGCUACGCAGCAGUUCUUGCCGCCAGACAUGAAGGAUUUGCAAAAGUGAUGCAGUCGGAUUUAAUGGCAUUUGAGAAUUUUCUCGGGCAAGAUGCAGUGAAGAAGGACGAUAUUACAAAUCAUACUACAGAUUGGACAGGCCAAUUUAAAGGUCCUGGCAGUGUCGUCCUCUACCCGAAGAGCACCGAAGAGGUUUCUGCAAUAUUGGCGUAUUGCUCCAAGAACAAAUUGGCAGUAGUCCCACAAGGAGGGAAUACAGGACUCGUUGGUGGAUCAAUUCCAGUACAUGAUGAAGUUGUUAUAUCAAUGAAUAAAAUCAACAAGCAAUUCUCUUUCGACGACACAAUGGGAAUUCUCAAGUGUGAUUCUGGUUUUAUUCUGGAAGACUUGGACAACAAACUUGCAAAACUCGGAUAUAUGAUGCCUUUUGAUCUCGGAGCCAAAGGAUCCUGUCAGAUUGGAGGAAAUAUUGCCACGUGUGCAGGAGGGAUUCGGUUGAUUCGAUACGGAAGUCUUCACGCACAUCUUCUCGGGCUCACGGUGGUUCUUCCCGAUGAACAUGGAACUGUUCUACAUUUGGGAUCAAGCAUUCGGAAGGACAACACAACUUUGCACACUCCACACCUAUUCUUGGGAAGUGAAGGGCAGUUGGGUGUUAUCACAAGCGUCACAAUGACUGCGGUUCCUAAACCGAAAAGUGUACAAAGUGCGAUGCUUGGCAUCGAAUCCUUCAAAAAAUGCUGCGAAGUACUGAAGCUUGCAAAAUCCAGCCUCACUGAAAUCCUUUCCUCCUUCGAACUUCUCGACGAUGCUACGAUGGAAUGUUUGAAAACGAAUCUAGGAUUGCACCCAGUACUGAAUGCUCCAACCCCAUUCUCGAUCCUUGUCGAAACAUCAGGAUCCAAUGAAGAUCACGAUAUGGAGAAAAUGAGCGCAUUUUUGGAUGAAUGCCUCUCAAAAAAUCUGAUUAUCGACGGAGUGCUCGCUGGAUCUUCUGCAGAAGCUACGAAGAUGUGGCAAUUGAGAGAAAGUGCACCAUUGGCGGUUACCAGAGAUGGAUAUGUCUAUAAGCAUGAUGUUUCUUUACCAUUGGAAAAUUAUUAUGAAUUGACGAAUGUGAUGAAGGAACGAUGUGGUUCUUUGGCUAAAAGAAUUGUCACUUAUGGACAUUUGGGAGAUGGAAACACUCAUUUAAAUAUUACAUCUGAAAAACACAAUGAAGAACUUGAAAAAUUGCUCUAUCCCUUCCUCUACGAAUGGGUUGUCGAUCACGGCGGGUCAAUUUCAGCUGAACAUGGAAUCGGUCAACUGAAGCUACCGUACUCCACAUUCGGAAAAGAUCCUGAAGAACGACUUUUGACAAAGAAGCUCAAGAACAUUUUCGACCCAAAUGGGAUUCUCAAUCCGUACAAAACGAUAUAAUUCUAAUUCUAAUUAUUAAUAACGCGUGUAACAAUACGUUUAGUAGCACAACUGUAUAAACAUUUGACCCAU